AUGCAUCUUCAUAGAAGGGACCGUGCUGUUGUUGGAGGGAAUAUUCGACUGGAAAUCAUUCACGAAUCUAAUCCUUGUUUCGCUGGCGAACCGAUAUGUUUAUUGAUAAGGUUAAAGCAUUUGGGCUCACAACAUCAGAAAGAAUCUUUAGAGAAGAAACUUGUCGUGUUUGAGGAAAAAAGGGAUAAGUUUUUGGCCAAUCUGAAUAAUGACGAGUCCAAGCCAUGGUUAAUGAGGACUUUAUGGAAUACUUUCCAGCAAGAAGACAAGUAUAAAGAUGAAGCUUUGCAGGAACAAAUUUUUGCUUUGAAGAAGAAAUUGCAGUUCCAUAAUCCCGUGGAUCUAAUGUCUUGCUUCGUGCAAAUCGUCGGACAGUGUUCUAUGGAUGAGGCAAUAAUAAAUACAGAUAUGCUAAACACAGGAUCCAAUGUUCAUCAAUUGGUAGGAAUUGGUUCCAAAAACGCAAGUACUGAUGAAAAUUCCCCAAUGUCUACCGUCAUUUCAUCUUUCUUCGAUACGAGCAUGGACGAAAUAUCACGGAAGGUGGCCCCUUUGAUGUCUACGGAGACCAUCGAUACCGGUGAUUGGAUAAAAGCGCCAUUCUUACUUAUACCACAGACGCUUUUAUUCUCCGAAUUGAUUUUAGGGCCGGGCGAAACUAGGUUAUUCAAGUUCAAGACGGACCAAUUAGGGAAAGAUCUUCCGCCUUCUUAUACGAACUCUGCUCAUUUCAAUAUAUCAUAUGUCGUACAGGUGGGACUUUCGGUGAAUGCUCCAGAAGAUAUCCCUCACCAACACUUUUACAACUUCCCUAUUUCUGUACAACCGUUUGUUGAUAAGAGUAUAUGCCAAUAUGAGAUGCCACUUGAUAGAGAAGUACUCAUCACACCACCGGGAAAAGUUCAAGAUGUUGGGAGUACUAUAAAAUCUACAAAACCCAGGAAAUUAACAGGCCAAUCCAUCCAGUUAGAUAGAGAAAUAAGAAGAAAGAGCGUGUCAAGUAUCGGGAAACCUUCAGGAACUUCGAUUGAAGCCAUGAAACAAAAGUUUAAAGACGUAGUCUCAGAAUGGAAUGAAAAUGAUGAUUCCGACGUACCCAUUGAUUCAUUAUUAGGCCAACAAUUUGAAACAGAACCCUCAACCUCAGUCCGAAUGAACUUGUCGCAAUUUUAUUUUACAGGUAUCCCAGAGAACUCUAUUGAUGAGACGCAAAGCAAUUCUUCGCUACUAUCGCAGUUGCAGUCAUUACAAACUGAGUAUGUUGUAAAAAUGAAUGAUAAGUUCAUUUGUAAUUUAGAACUCUCCAAACCAGCGUACUCUGUUUCCGAUCAAAUCGAUAUAAUACUUGACUUGAAAAAUGUAGAAGAUAAUUCCAAUUUUAAAGUGACUGCUGUGACAGCAUCCAUCGAAACAUUUGAGUUGAUUAAUCCAAAAUUCUCGUCAGAUGAAAAUAUCUCAAAGAAGAAGCCUUCGGGAACUUUAGUCUACGAAACUCACGCUACAAAUUUCGAUAAUUGCGAUAAGAUUUGCAUGAAACUUAUUCCUCAAUGCUCUCCCACGACUUACAUUACUAGUCAAUUUAAAACAAACAUAUUUCAACUUAAAUGGAUGCUAACAUUUAAAUUUGUCAUGAUUCCAUUAGCUGAGCAAAACACUGAAAUAUCAUUGAGUAAAACCUAUGAGGACCGAAAAGGUACCCUAUACCAUGCCAAAAGAGACAUGGAGGGAUACGAUUUCGUAUUUCACGUGCCCCUUACAGUUUUGCCUACAGAAAAACAGCUAGCAGGCUGGUAA